AUGAAGCUUCACACCAGAUGCGACUCAAUGUCCGCUAUUACAAGCCCUGCUAGCGACCACCAAGCCAUGGUCGUUGGUAUCUACGGAAUCCCUGGCUCCGGUAAGACGUUCCUUAUCAACCAACUCAGACAACGACUCGAGAAAGAGCCCUUCAUGUUCUGGGAUGGGUCACAGGUCAUCGCAUCGGUCGUGCCUGGCGGUCUUGGUGCAUUCCAUGAGCUGGAAGAAGAGGAGAAGAAGCACUGGCGCGAGUUAGCCAUAAACAAGAUCAAGCAGAGUUGCCUAGAAGACCGAAAACUUGCCGUUGUAGCUGGGCAUCUCAUGUUGUGGCAUGAGGGUGAAAGUGCAGGGCAAUUGGUGGAGGAGAAGAGCCAGCUGCUCCGCCUCUGCCGCGAAAAUAACAUAUUGUUAUCACACGUCUACCACGAGAAGGACCUUCUGAGCACCGUCUCCUCACUACUACGCAAUUUCCAGCAACAUACCGAGAAACAAAACAUGCAUGCAGCUGAGAUGGCAUUGGAGAAAGCCGUCGCUGCUGAAGUGGGACAACCGGACACUCUACUAGUUCUUGACGCCGAUAAGACACUAGCCACAGCAGACACUGGUAUGAUGUUCUGGGAGCAGCUGAGGUUAUCGCAACAGUCACCAGACCUUGGCUGUCCAUUGAGAGCAUUGUUUAGCAGUCCGCUAGGUUACUCGUACAAUGCAUUUCGCCAAGCUGUCCUGCUCUACGAAGAAGCGGCAGAUGACCUGGAGUACGAUGCAAUCUGUCAAGACGUAGCAUCGGCGGUGAUCAUGCACCCUGAAUUCGUCUCUUUGCUACAAGUAGUAUCUCGGCAGGAUCACGUUCGCGCGGUGGUCGUUAGUUGUGGGCUGCGCCGAGUUUGGGAGAUAGUGCUGAAAAGAGCAGGGUUGUCUGAUAGUGUAAAGGUUAUCGCAGGGGGGCGGAUCUCGGAUGGAUAUGUUGUCACAGGUCCAGUAAAGGCCGCCUUAGUCGCACGUUCACAAGAGCUCCAUAACAUGUUUGUCUGGGCUUUCGGAGACAGUGUGCUGGACUUGGGCAUGCUCAGGAAUGCGGACCGAGCCAUCAUCGUGACGGGUGACGAGCAGACGAGGAGCAAAACCAUGGACGCCGCUUUGAAGGAUGUUAUCGAUCAUGGCGCAUUUCGAGCGCAUCAAGUUCUACUUCCGAGCCAUGUACAGCCACGUCUAAGCACCCUCAAGCUGCCACUGAUCCAGCUCACGGAUCGUGGCUUCGUUGACGAGCUGCUGGGUGUCCGCAAGCGCCGUGCUACUACCCAGCUUGUCCACGCAGGUGAUAGGAACGCGGCAAAGUUGCUCAUGACGUCGAUGCGAGAUGCAGCAGUUUCUGGGCCCGAGCUACGAAAAUUCCAUGGCCGCGUCGGAUGGUACCUAGCAACAGACCUUCUCGCCCAGUUGAUCGGCAUCCAAGAGUACCCUAUCCAGCACGUGCAGGGUCAUACCACAAGCGGUUUCCGACUUCUUCACGAGGGCCAAACGUUGAUUGUUGCGCUAAUGCGUGGUGGGGAACCCAUGGCUUUUGGCGUUAAUGAAGCGUUCCCACGAGCCAUGUUCCUCCAUGCCCGCUGCCCCGGAGACGUUUUGCAAGAUCAUGUAAAGGGAAAGGUUACCGUAAUCCUUGUGGAUUCUGUAGUGAACAGUGGCAAAACAGUCGUGGAUUUUGUUCAGCACAUUCGCGACAUACACGCUACAGUUCAUCUCGUGGUAGUGGCAGGCGUCAUCCAGGCCGAGUGCAUGACUGGGGGUCUCCAAUCCCUAGCUCAGGACCCGCAAUUAGACCUGGUUGCGCUUCGACUUUCUGAGAACAAGUUCACUGGUAGAGGAACGACAGAUACAGGCAACCGGCUUUUUAACACGACACAUCUUGCCUAACUGUGUUCAACCCCCUCCGUCAUAACCACGGCCUUCAUUGUAGAGGAUGAAGUGAACGUAAUUCUGGAACAGGUACCGGAUGAUGACAGAAGUGGUUGUGCACGAUAUAAGCACAGGUUGGAUUGGAUUUCAUACCAGGGAAAUGACCGCUCUAUAGCUGGCAAGCGCUACACUACUCCUGCCUCAACAAGCACCAAGUGAUAUCUGAAGCUUAUGAAAGGAAUGCCUUUAGUAUGGAAUGAUAUCUCUGUGCCCCA